AUGUUCAAUCAAUUAUCCCUAUUAUGUGCUGCGUUGAUGAACCUAUUUUGUGUGUGUGGAAUUGUGGGAAAUGGACUCUCGCUCUACAUUUAUUCAAGAAAAGCUUUCAGAAAAAGAUCAAUAAACGUUUUAUUGUUGGCGUUGGCGGGAUCGGAUUUUUUCGUUUGUGUGCUAGCGAUUCCGGUGUUUUCGAUUAGUCAAAUGCAGGAGCUCGUCCCUGGUUGUCAAGUUGUCAUCGGCACAGUGAUGCUUUAUUUCUAUCCAGUGACGCUCAUGUUUCAGGCGAUGUCCGUUUGGAUGUUGGUAACAAUUACAAUCGAUCGAUACCUGGCCGUUUGUCAUCCAUUUAUCGUUCAAACGUAUUGCACUCGAACCCGAGCCCUUUUCGCGGUUGGAUGGAUCAUUAUCUUUUCUUUCCUCUACAAUGUUUGCCGAUUUUGGGAGUACAAAUUGUUGGAUUGUGACUCGAGUCAAAACCGGAUGCGCGUUGAAGAGAUUCUCGAGCCGAUGCUCAGAUCGAAUGAGAAUUAUUUGUUGUGGUAUCAAACAAUCAUCACCCUUGUCUCACAGUUUAUGCUGCCUUUAGCUGUGCUUUGUGUUUUAAAUUUUCAGGUAGCCAGAACAAUCCUAGCCGCUGGUGAACAACGGAGAGCACUUGUGGCGAGUGAGAGAAGGGAACACUCGACAGCGAAAAUGAUGCUAUUCGUUGUCAUUGUGUUUAUCUUCUGCUACACUUUCUCCUUUAUUUUGAAUGUAGCUGAAACGGUGAACCCAACGCUUUUCCUUGGCCCACUCGGCUUUCUGCUCAAUGAUAUCAACAAUAUUCUCAUUGUGUUCAACUCAUCAACGAGUUUUGUCUUUUAUGUCACUUAUUCAACAAGAUAUCGUGCUCAACUUCGAAAGAUUUGUGUGAUACGUUUAUUCAUGGAAAAUCUUCUGGAUUAUAAGGUUGAUCGACACAUCCAUCAUCGAUCACCAAGUGCCGAAUUCUCGGAAUACUCAAAGAAAACGUUGAACUCAUGUGAUCAAGGCUGCAAAAAGCCAUUGGUUAUUCAAAAUCCGGGAAUUCUUCGUAAAGAAAACGACUCGUAUCAAACGAAAUGGAAUACUCGUGUCACUUUUGAUAACUUU